UUAGAAAAGCACAAAAAGAAAGGAAAACUGAUCGAAAACUUCUUUUUCGGCGCAUUAGCACGCUGUUUAAUUUACAUCAGCGAAGGUGUCUCCCAUGUCAACUGUACAGCCUGCUGCCCCCAGGCUGUGUCUAUUCCUAACUGGUCCAAUCCAUCCAAGACCUGGGUGCAUGUACCUCCCUCUGCCAGCUGCUGUGCCACCAGGGCUGUUCCAUUAACCUCCCUCUGGACUUGCAAUUUACAUGUAACACACUGGCUGUGCCACUUCUCUCCCCCAUCAAUAUGACAUCGCUGGACCUGGAUCGUUGGCCGAUCUUCAGUCUGCUGGACCCAGACUUCAGGAAUAGCAUCGUCCAGGCGUGCGUGUUUGGAAGUGCUGGAAAUGAGGCCAUGAUGGUGACCAAGGACGAUGAUGUGUAUUCGUUGGGAUCGAAUUGCUGUGGCUGUUUGGGGUUAGGUGACUCACAGAGCAGCAUGGAACCCAAGAAGGUAGAACAGCUGUGUAGAAAGAAUGUGGUGGACUUUGCUUAUGGAAGCGGGCCACAUGUCUUAUCCAUUACUGCAGGUGGAGACCUGUACAGCUGGGGUCACAAUGGCUACUGUCAGCUAGGUAAUGGCAGUACUAACCAAGGCACAGUGCCCAUGCUUAUAUCCACUAACCUGAUAGGGAAGAAGAUUUGCCAGGUGGCCUGUGGUAGUCAUCACUCACUGGCCAGGACCUUGGAGGGAGAGGUGUUUGCCUGGGGUCAGAACAACUGUGGUCAGGUUGGGUCAGGCACCACCACUAACCAACCCACCCCCAGGAGGGUCACUGCCUGUAUAGGUUCCAAAGUCGUAGUUCAGAUUGCAUGUGGACAGACAUCUUCAAUGGCCUUGUUAGACACAGGAGAUGUAUAUGGUUGGGGUUAUAAUGGUAAUGGACAGCUAGGACUAGGGAACAAUGUGAACCAACCCAACCCCUGUAGAGUGGCUGGACUCACUGGGAUCUUCAUCAAUCAGAUAACGUGCGGUUACGCGCACUCCCUGGCACUGUCUGAUGAGGGCACGCUGUGGGCCUGGGGCGCCAACUCCUAUGGACAGCUGGGGACGGGGAACAAAGCCAAUAUGGUCACUCCUGCCAAGGUGGCCACUGACAAGGGAAGGUUUGUGGAGAUACCUGUAUCAGCCUUUCCAGGCCUGUAG